GAGGAUCAUGGGAAGGACGUCAUGAGCGCAAUCUCCUCCCCAAUUCCCGGCCCUAACCGGCGCUCGGUGAUGACGUCACGCCCAGGCGCGGCGGGGCCGCCUUCCCUCCGAGGAGUGAAUGCUGGGGGAGGCGGCGGGGCUCCGGGGCUGAGAGGGCGUGCGGCCGGGCGGAUUUCGGAGUCCUUCUCUCCUGUUGUCCAGCGUGGCUGGGUGGGCGGAGCGUCGUCCAGGGAGGUGCAGGCGGGGUCUUGCCUUUUCACACUCUACCACCUGAGGUCCCAGCAGGCUGGUCAACCCCAAGACUCAGGCCGUGACUUCAAGGAGGCCUUUGAGAGCGAUGCCCAGUCACUAGGCAUCCGGAUUCCUGGCCAGGUCUCCAUGCAGGACUUGGCCCAGAUGUGUGGGGGACCACUUGCUCUCACCAGUGCCGACCUCAGCUCCCAGGCCAGUUCUCUGAGUGUUGAGGAGUUCCAGGACCUCUGGCCUCAGCUGCCCCUGGUAAUUGAUGGGGGACCGAUUGGGGGUGGCAAGAGCCGCGAGUGUCGCCUCGGCUCAACUGUGGGUGACCUGUCUGUGCCCGGGAAGUUUGGCAUCAUUCGUCCAGGCUGUGCCCUGGGAAAUACUACGGCUGUCCUCCAAAGGAAGUACGCUGCUCCCUCGCAGGGAUCCUGCUGCUGAGACUUGGGAGGAGGAGGGCCC